GGGGACUCGCUUGAGCGAAUUGUGUGCGUCACCGGGGAAUGGGGAGCCGGACACCGGAGCACCAGAGAAGCGAGAAAUGGAGGAAAACAGAAUUCCUAAAAAAGCAGUCAAUCUUCCCACUAAACAAGUGGAAAAUAUAGAGGAUAGCACACUCGAAAAUGAAGCGAAUCUGAUCUCUCCAAAUGAACCAAACACUUUGGGUUUCUGGAACAACAAUAAGGAGCAACCUGUAAAAAAUGUCUGUGUGUUGGUGGUGCACUAUGCAUUUGCUGGACAGGGAGGAGACCGCUCAGAGGGAGAUUCAAGAGAUGUUCAAAAUUUAAAGGAAACCUUUGCAGUAAACAGGAAAUGCAAAUUCAUCGCAAUUUCACCUACCAAACUUGAUUUUUACGAAUUACUGGCUAACAAAGCAUCGGACGGCGGCAUUGGGAAAUUUCAAGAAUUGUUUCACCUUGAAGGUGAAGCACCAGACGUGCUGAUACUCUGCAUUUUGAGCCAUGGAUUCAGCGGCGGAGUGAUCUUGACUGAAAAUUCCGAAAAAAUCCAUCUCAAUGAAGUAUUUGGCAUAAUGAAAACCAACUACUUGAAAGACAGUUUCAAACUGGUGUUUGUAUCAGCUUGUCGAGGAGCAAUUUUAGAUAUGGCUCUCAAUGUCAAAAAUGAUCAAAAGGCGACUAUACCUUCCACGGUUGAAUUGACUACCCUGAACAUGGAAAAUGAAGAAAAUGCGAGUGCCGUGGCUAUAAACGCAGAGCCAAACGUGCAAAAUUUUGUCAUUGUAUACUCUUCAGUAGAAUCUACUUUUUCCAUAAGACUCAACAUUGGGACCUUACUCAUUAGAGCUCUGUGCAAAAUCCUAAACAAAUUAGAUGAAGAUGUUGAGCUAGAAGUGCUCCUUAGCAUGAUAAUGAAUGAUGUACACAGGAAGACCAUGAAAUAUGGGUUUGGAAGCACACCGCAAGUGCAGAUAUUCCCAUUCGCCAAACUCACGAUCAACAGAUACGAUCAAAACCAAAAGGAGUCCGGAUUGAAAGACUUUAUUUAUGAUUGGACGUCGAUCAAAGGAAUAUACAUGUCCAGGAGAGAGGCGCACAUCUUUUGCAGACAAGAUGGUAAACCAACUGCAAUAGAGCUGGUUAAACUCGUGGAAAACAAUCUCGGAUUCGACGCAAGGCUCUACAACGAGUAUAAAGAGCUGAAUAAAGCCGUUCGGCAUAAUUGCAUUAUCAACGAUUCUGGAUGCGUGAUGAUUUGCAUUUUGGCGCCGCUUGCUAUUAACGAGGAGACUAGCGAAAUAUCUGUGGUUGUUAACAAAGGACGACAGGUGUCUGUACAGGAUUUCCAGUACAAUUUGAUUCGAAACGAUAACACCAAAUGGGUGGGGAAGCCCAAAAUCUGCAUCUUUGCGAACUUUAUCUCCUCUGACACCGACGCAUUGGGAGAGGGAGACACUCCUCUUCAAUUUGCAAAGAGUGGCACUUAUCACAGCGGAUACCUCACUCUGAUCUUGCCGAAUCCAGAUGCCAUCGAGUUGAUUAUGAAAGAACUUGGAAACACGAAUCUGCUGUCAGGAGGCGUCCACCUGCAGCAAGUAUUCAUGAACAUAUUGCGCGAUUCUAAGAAGCAGGAAGACUGCGCCAUCGAGCCGCAGUACUGGAGCACGCUGCAAUACCUGCUCGACUUUCCUGCGAAUCAAAUGCUCGUUGAACCAACAAUUCAGUCAGAAAAAAGUGGGCUCACCUCGAAAAUCUCUGGAUUUCUUAAAAAGUAUUUGAGAAAAUUGGUGAAAUUGAUCCGAUGUGAUUCAACAGGCUUCAUGCCAAAAGAAGAAGAAGAAGAAGACGCAGAUGUGGUUUGCCUCGUGUCUGCGUUGCCGGGAAUGGGAAAGAGCUUGCUAACGUCGCACUUGGCUUACAAACUGCGACAGAUGAACAACUCUAUCACUGAAAUCGACUUCUUGAAAGAGUCCGAUUUUCUUGGCUCUAUCACACUUGCCCGAGUGGAACCAGAUGAGCUGGUGGAGCGUUUUAGCGAGUGGAAAGGCGCAAGGAAGAAAUUCCAGCCAGGAAAAGAAAUCUUCUUGCUGGACGGCUUCGAUGGGAUUGAUGCAAGCGUGAAAAAGGAUGUUUUACAACUGAUAAGAAAAAUAGCUGACGCAAAACUUCCUCUGUGGGUCACAACGAGACCUCACGACGAGCAAAUGAUCAUCGACUGCUUGAACGGUGUCGAAGUAGAAGUUGUGCGAAUCGACGAGCUCCAGGCCGAAGACCAGAAACAGCUUUUAAAGUUAAAGCUCAGCUGCACUGAUGAGAAACUCGAUCACUAUUUGAGCAUAAUCAGCGAGAUGGGUGCAGAAGAUUUGCUUAAAAACCCAAGCAUCCUGUCGAAGGUCGCUGAUUAUUUCAGCGAAGGACCAGAAGACGUGAGACUAGUCGAUUUGUGCCACAAAAUUGUCAAGGCGAUAUUAUUGGAGGAUAUGCAGAACCGAGAAGGACUCGGUAGUAAUCCUACAAUCGUCACUCGGAUAAAAAAACGAUUAUCACGGCUCAAAACGUGUGCCGUGAAACACUUUUUAGAAACGCCUUUGCUGCAGAAUGAUGCGGAGGAAAUUGCGAAGAUCAACAGCCUUAGCAUCGCGAUGGUGUUGAACAACCGCAUUUUUAUUUCGUGCGACACUUUGGCCCAGUUCUUGCUUGCUUUGCACGUCACAAAAAAGGGCCUAGAAGAGGAAAGUGGCAUUCCAGAAGAAGGAAUAGAACGAAUUCUGCAGUCUGGAAGUUUGGACCGUUGCAGGAAAAUGAUUUCCGAGUUGGAAAUUCGUGGAGUGAAAUAAAUAAUUAUAAAUGUAUAA